AUGUCUUUUUUAAUUUCAUUUAUCUCUGAUCCUGCAUUAAUUUGUCUGCUGUGUGCAGGAGCGUUAUUAGCUGUACUCUAUUUUUCAACUGGCUAUAAAAAUUCAGCUUUUAAAUUUCCUCCUGGUCCAACUCCUCUUCCGAUCAUUGGUAACCUGCACUUGGUGGAUCUUAGAAGGCAAGAUAAAUCACUAAUGAAGCUUGCGGAAAAAUACGGCCCCAUCUUCACCCUCCACUUUGGGUUCCAGAAAGUUGUGGUCCUGACCGGGUACGAAGUUGUGCGGGAGGCGCUUGUGAACUACACAGAGGAGUUUGUAGACAGACCAUCCAUCCCAAUAUUUGACCAAAUUCAGAAUGGAAACGGUUUGUUCUUCUCUAUCGGGGAGCUGUGGAGAACAACUCGGAGGUUCACCGUAUCCAGCAUGCGCAACCUCGGCAUGGGGAAAAAAAUGAUAGAAGGGAGAAUUUUCGAUGAGCUUCACUUCCUCAUCGAGAUGAUCAAAUCCUUCAAAGGGGAACCUUUUAGCCUGACGUCCUUCAACUGUGCUCCAAUCAACAUCACCUUUGUCAUGCUGUUUGGGGACAGGUUUGACUAUAAGGACCCAACAUUUCUCACUCUCUUAAGACUCAUAGAUGAAGUUAUGAUUCUUCUGGGAUCUCCGUAUUUGAGUUAUUUCAAUUUCUACCCGUUUCUUGGGUUUCUUUUCAAAACCCACAAGAUUAUGCUUGGGAAAAUAGAAGAUGUGCGCGUCAUUUUAAGGCAAUACAUGAAGGCAAGCAGGGAGGAUAUCAAUGAGAACAGCGUGAGGAGCUACAUUGAUGCACUGAUAUUCAAGCAACAAGAGGAGAAAAACAAGAAAGACAGCCUCUUCCACGAUGACAACUUAAUAGCAUCCAUACUCGACCUGGUCAUGGCGGGAACAGAGACCAUAGCCACAACGCUCCAGUGGGCCAUCCUGCUGAUGAUGAAAUACCCAGAGAUUCAAAAAAAGGUGCAGGAGGAGAUUGGGAGAACCGUCAAAGCUGGAAGCUGGGCCACAUAUGAGGAUCGGAAGAACAUGCCGUUUACAAAUGCAGUGCUACACGAAGUGCAGAGGUUUAUCACCCUCCUGCCCCACGUUCCCCGCUGCACUGCUGUUGACACCCACUUCAGGGGCUACUUCCUUCCCAAGGGUAUAAUUGUAAUCCCGUCGCUCACCUCAGUGCUGCUGGAUAAGACGCAAUGGGAGACACCACAUCAGUUCAACCCCAACCACUUCCUUGACGCUGAAGGGAAUUUUGUAAAGAGAGAGGCUUUCCUGCCCUUCUCCACAGGGCGAAGGAACUGCAUUGGAGAAAGCCUCGCCAAGAUGGAACUGUUUGUCUUCUUUGUAGGGUUGUUGCAGACAUUUACUUUUCAACCCCAGCCAGGAGUUUCAGAGUCUGACUUGGACCUUACCGUCCCCCAGACGACUUUCACAUUAAGGCCUCAGCCUCAGGCAACCUGUGCUGUCCUGCGUGAAUAA